AUGGAGCAGGCAAAGGCCAACACGCCUAAACUUUUUGUGUGUACAGUUAUUGAAAACAAGGAUGAAAUUGAAGAGAGGUAUGAGAGGGCUUACGUUUUCUUUCAAUCUCUGGUAGCAGACUGUAGUGAAAAAGAAGCUCACGACGCUCUUAACAAUGCUGUUUGUAAGAAUCAUGAAGAUGUGUCUCUAGGAAUGCUCAUGUCUAUUCUUACUGAACCCCACAAUGCUACUAAAUGUUACAGAGAUCUUACAUUGGUUACCAGAGAUGGGUUAACAUGUGUAUUAAAUAAUUUGUCGAAUCUAAUAUUAGAAAGAUAUUUAAAGUUUCAAGACACUACUCGAAACCAACUUUUGUGGCUUAUAAAAGAAAUGAUGAGGAAUGCUGUAACUGGUGUGGAUAAUGUGUGUUGGAACCUUAUGCGUUAUGCAUCAGGAGGAGACAUAACACCAAAAAAUAUAUACUUAGUAGAAUCUCUGUUAGAUAUCUACAUUGAAAAUCGAAUGUGGCUCGAUAAAUUUCCAGUUCUAAUUUGCAUGGUAGUUUAUACAUAUUUAAGAUUGAUUGAAGAUCAUAAUAUUCCACAUCUCAUGUCAUUGCGUCAAAAGGAAGUAAACUUUGUUAUAGCCCUCAUAAGAGAACAUUUUACAGAUGUAUUAACAUUAGGACGAGACUUGGUAAGAUUACUUCAAAAUGUUGCCCGCAUUCCAGAGUUCAACCAGUUAUGGCAAGAAAUUCUAGUAAACCCCAGAUCAUUAUGUCCAAAUUUUUCAAAUGUACUACAAUUAUUACAGACAAGAACUUCUCGAAGAUACUUACAAUCAAGGAUAACACCAGAUAUGGAAAGAAAACUUGUUUUCCUCACAUCACAAGUGAGAUUUGGCCACCAUAAAAAAUAUCAAGAAUGGUUUCAGAGACAAUAUCUAGCUACUCCAGAAUCUCAGUCUCUUCGCAGUGAUAUGAUUAGAUUUAUUGUAGGUGUUAUUCAUCCAACAAAUGAACUCCUUUGUUCAGAUAUCAUUCCAAGAUGGGCUGUAAUUGGAUGGCUUCUCACCACAUGCACAUCCAAUGUAGCUGCAUCAAAUGCUAAGCUGGCACUCUUUUAUGACUGGUUAUUUUACGAUCCUGACAAAGAUAAUAUAAUGAAUAUUGAACCGGCAAUUUUAGUAAUGCACCAUUCUAUGAGGUCACAUCCAGCUGUUACGGCAACUUUACUGGACUUUUUAUGUCGAAUUAUACCCAACUUUUAUCCACCAUAUUCAGAUAAAGUGAGGCAAGGAAUUUUUAAUUCCCUUCAACAAAUCAUUGAGAAAAGAGUUCUACCAAAUUUACAACCAUUAUUUGAUUCCCCCAAAUUAGAUCGGGAGUUACGGUCAACUGUUAGAGAGACUUUUAAAGAAUUCUGUAGCAAUAGUAAUGGGGAAGGUGUUUCUGGUAUUCGGGACGAAGGUAGUGAAGAUUUGCCUAAAGUUAUAUCAGAUGAACCUGCAUUUUCUGAUGAUGAAGAGGAUUCUCAAGCUUUAACUGAAGACACAGAUGAUGAUGAUAUACCACUAUCAGAAGUUCGAGCACGUGAGAGACCAGAGCUGGCAGCAGCAUUACCUUUAAUUAUGCGUCCAUUAGCUGAAACACUUUUAGAUGAACGUUCUACAACUGCAACAAAAGCAUUCCUUAAUGCAUGUGGCACCCCAAUGCCAAGUGCAUCUGCCCUUGCCGAUUUAUUUGCGGCUAUUUUACAGGAUGCACCACCUUUAAAGAUUGGUACCAAUCCAAGCCCCACAGAACUCGAAACAGUUAUAGAUUCUCCUAUAUUUUCCAUGUUUAGUUACUUAAAUGGAGAAGGAACAGAGGCAAAACGAAAACUAGUGUUAGAAAUACUUAAGGAAAUCCAUGAGCAGGGUUCUUUUCAAAAUGUAGGAUUUUGUUUAUUGUUUUACCUAAAAGUAUGUUUUGAAAGAGAACGACGUGCUGAACGGGACACUGUUAAAAGAAGAAAUGUCAAGUUUAAAGUAGACAUCUAUAAAAAUUAUUGCAGUUUCCUAGAACUAAAAGUAGCUGAUAGUUUAGCAAAUGAUUUUGAGAAGUGUCAAGAAAAUGAUGCAAAUGUUUUAGUAUGGUUAAUUCCAGAUAUUUACAGAGAGUUUAAAGAACAAGCACAAAACCAUAUAAAGCUAUUGAAUGUCAUAGUAUCAACACUAGAUGCAGGCCAGCUACAGCGUCUCGUAUGCCUAACAUUGCAAGGCAAUUUGAUGAUGUUUAAAUCUGAUGAUAUAACUACAAUGCUUUCCACCAGCCUUGGUUGGGAGACAUUUGAACAGUAUUGCUUGUGGCAGCUCCUAACAGCUCAUGAUAUCUCUGUUGAAGAUGUUUUACCUAUCAUUCCCAAAUUAUCUUAUAAAGAUCACGCUGAAGCUGUUACUUCUGUUUUGUUAAUGUUAAAACAGGAACGACCCACAGCAGAUGUUAUAAGGCAGUUAUUUUGUAGAGAAAUUGAUGAAGAAGAUACCUUUGUAGUUUCAACAAUUAUGUAUUGGUGUCAGGAUUAUGAGGACAAAGUUGGGGAUUUACUUUCAGUCUUAUUAAGUACUCGGUAUCCUGGUACAAGUCCCAAUAAAAGAAAACGUCCAGGAAAACAUAAUAUACCACCAAAUGCUCCACCUUCUGCCGAAUUGGUUUUGGGCCACUUAGAGCAAAUAAGGGUAUGUUGUGUUGAACAAGAUGAUAUGUCAAUUUUUAACAUGGAAUGCAUGCAAAAAGCGUUACAACACUCACAGUCAAAUAGCAUUGACAGUUUAAGGAGACAAUACAGUGAACUAUUUUCUUUGGCUUGGGAAGAUGAACUGCCUAUAUCAAGGCGAGCCAGAAAAUUAAUUUCAAAUUCGUUACCUCUUAACCAAAACUUACAUUCAUCUAAUGAGGACAGUGAGGAGGAAGAAAUUGUUAAACCCAAACAAGCAAAAAGACGGAAGAAAGCUAUUUCAGAUAGCGAUUGA